UCCGACGUCCUCCCCGCCCCCACCCAACUGCUUCCCGCGAAAGCAACGAACCCAUCAUCAUCAAAUCCGGCGACCGAUCCGUCAUCCUCCUCCUCGCGGUCGCGGCGCCAUUAAAAUUCCUCCCACUCCCAUUCCCCCCAGCUCCCGUAUCCCGCAGCUACAGCUAGCUGGAGGAUUUUGCGUCCACGCCUGCCCCACUCCUCGCCCAGUCCCAGUCCCAGUCCCCUUCACUUCCACGCGAAGAAGAUUUUAUAUUCCUGCAUAAUCUCCCAGGCGAUCCGAUUUCCCGUACUGGAAGCUUGCGCGGAGUAGUUUCUCCAUUUUCAACUGGGUUUUUAUUGCUUCGCUUCUUCUUUCCCCCACGCUUCCUCCUCCUCGACGCCAGGCCGUGAUCGAGAUCGCGCGACCACGGUGCUUAUUUAGGUCGCCGGCAGGGGUCGUUCAUCCGGCAGUUCAGCCGGCGCCGCUGGCUCGAAAUCCGAUCCUUUUAGCUCGGUUUCGCGUCGCCGCGAGGCUCUCCGUCGUCGAUUGGCUUGUCCGCUUCACGUAAAGAUCAGUUUUUGCUUUGCUGCCGGGAGUGGGUUGGUCAACACGAUUUGGGGACUUUUUACAGUCGAACAAAGGCUGCUUCUGCUGAUAAUCCAAGCUCGCUUUUUCUACCGAGCUCAGCUGGAGAUUAAAAUCGAGCUGGAGUUUUCCAGUUUCUGACCUCGCCGGAAUCCCCGAGUGACCUCAUUCAGCCGUCAAUGGAGGAAUCCGGGGAGGCGAGCAUCGGGCCCUUCAGGAUCGGCCCGUCGACGCUCCUCGGCCGGGGCGCCGCGCUCCGGGUGCUCCUGCUCAGCUCGCUGUGGCGCCUGCGGGCCCGCGCGCGCACCGCGACGCGCGCCGCGCUCUCGCGUGCGCGCGGGGCCGCGCUGCCGGUGGCGGCGUCCUGGCUGCACCUCAGGAACACCCACGGCGUGCUCCUCGCGGUCGUGCUCCUCGGGCUGCUCCUCAGGAAGCUCUCCGGGGCGCGGUCGCGGCUGGCGCUGGCGCGCCGGCGUCAGCUCUGCAAGAGCGCGAUGCGGUACGCGGGGGCGUACGAGGAGUGGGUGCGCGCCGCCAAGGUGCUCGACAGAAUGUCUGACCAGGUCAACGAGUCGGACUUCUACGACGUGGAGCUCAUCGGGAGCAGGCUCGACGAGCUCCGGCGGCGGAGGGAGGAGGGGUCGCUCCGGGACGUGGUCUUCUGCAUGCGCGGCGAUCUCGUCAGGAACUUGGGGAACAUGUGUAAUCCUGAGCUGCACAAAGGCAGGUUGGAGGUGCCUAGACUUAUAAAAGAUUUCAUUGAUGAGGUUUCAACUCAAUUGAAAAUGGUGUGUGAAUCUGAUACGGAUGAGUUGCUUUUGGAAGAGAAGCUUGCCUUUGUUCAGGAAACCAGACAUGCCUUUGGAAGGACUGCGCUACUCUUAAGUGGGGGUGCUUCACUGGGUUCAUUCCAUGUGGGUGUAGUGAAAACUUUGGUCGAGCAUAGGCUUCUGCCUCGUAUAGUAGCAGGAUCGAGUGUUGGUUCCAUUAUAUGCUCAAUUGUCGCAACCCGAACGUGGCCUGAGAUUGAGAGCUUCUUCAUAGACUCACUACAGAUCUUAAAGUUCUUUGAUAGGAUAGGUGGAGUUUUUGCUGUUACGAAACGGGUUAUGACUUAUGGUGCACUUCAUGACAUCAGCCAGAUGCAAAGGCUUUUGAGGGAUCUCACAAGUAACUUAACAUUUCAAGAGGCUUACGACAUAACUGGCCGUGUUCUUGGGGUCACUGUUUGCUCUCCUAGAAAGAAUGAGCCACCUCGCUGCCUCAACUACCUGACAUCACCACAUGUUGUCAUUUGGAGUGCUGUAACUGCCUCUUGUGCAUUCCCGGGCCUCUUUGAAGCUCAGGAGUUGAUGGCAAAGGAUAGAUUUGGCCACAUAGUUCCCUUCCACGCGCCCUUUGCCACAGAUCCAGAACAGGGUCCUGGAGCAUCAAAGCGCCGGUGGAGGGACGGAAGUCUGGAGAUGGAUUUGCCAAUGAUGCAACUGAAGGAGUUGUUCAAUGUAAACCAUUUCAUUGUGAGCCAAACUAAUCCACACAUCUCUCCACUCCUCAGAAUGAAGGAGAUCGUCAGAGCUUAUGGAGGCCGCUUUGCAGGAAAGCUCGCUCGUCUUGCUGAGAUGGAGGUGAAGUAUCGAUGUAACCAAGUUCUGGAAAUUGGCCUCCCACUAGGAGGACUUGCAAAGUUGUUUGCUCAGGAUUGGGAGGGUGAUGUCACCAUGGUUAUGCCAGCAACAGUAGCUCAGUACUUGAAGAUUAUACAAAACCCGACAUAUCCAGAACUCCAAAUGGCUGCCAACCAGGGUCGCAGGUGCACAUGGGAGAAGAUCUCUGCGAUCAGAGCAAACUGUGCAAUUGAACUUGCAUUGGAUGAAUCCAUAGCAGCCCUCAACCACAAACGAAGGCUAAGAAGAAGCAUUGAAAGGGCAGCAGCUUCUUCCCAGGGAUAUACCGACAGUGUUCGACUCAAAACACCAAGGAGGGUGCCAUCAUGGAGCUGCAUCAGCCGAGAGAAUUCGUCAGGAUCUCUCUCGGAAGAUCACUUCGCGGCCGCCAUCUCAUCCAAUCACCAAGGUACUAUUCGAGUGGAUGGUGCACCGCACACGUCUCAUCAUGUUCGUCAGAGGUCACACGAUGGAAGUGAGAGUGAAUCAGAGACCAUCGACUUAAACUCAUGGACCAGGAGUGGUGGGCCUCUGAUGAGGACUUCAUCAGCUGACCAGUUCAUCAACUUUAUCCAGAAUCUCGAGAUUGAGUCCGAGUUCGAUGGGGUUCAUACAAUAGAGGGUGGCAAUGCAGGUAUUUUCACAGGACCCACAUUUUCCAGAGAUCCAUAUCCAACCAAUAUUUCCAGAGCUACCACACCAGACGGUCCAGAUAGAUGCACAGAAAUUUCUGAAGCAGAGCCAUGCAAUAACACAAGCAUUGCCGUGUCUGAAGGAGAUUUGCUGCAGCCUGGGAGGACUACCAACGGGAUUCUACUUAAUUUUGUCAGAAGAGAAGACCUGAUUGCUCGGCAUAACGGCGAUGCUGACGUGGCCGAGAGCUCCUUACCUGAAGCAUAUGUGGACAGAACACAUUCAGAAUCAGGUGACGCCAUCUCAGCUGCUUCUGACAGCUCUGAAGAUAACAAAGAUGUCGCUGACUCGGACAAUCCCUCGGUUUCUCAUACAGAUUUUGUAACUCCGCCUCAACCCUCUGUUGACGACAACGCAGAUGGUAGGCUAGAUUUUAAAUAAUUCUUAAUGGUUCAUUGCAGCAGCAAUGAUGUACAUGAUAAUUGCAGUGUCUAUUUAGAGAGCACUGCUGACAGCAGCAAUGAUGUACUUAUACGAUAAUUGCAGUGUCUAUUUAGAGAGGACUGCUGACAGCAGCAUAUCUGUUGUGUGGUGUCAUGUAGUGAUUGAUACUGAUGAUACAUUGAUAGAAGCCUUUCUUGGCGUCGACUUAAAUGAAAUUUAGUGUUUGUUGUA